AUGGAUGGAUCGGGCCCUGAAGUACACACUGGACGUACCUCCCCACCACCUGCUGGACCAUUUGGCUACGCUUUUCUUUCCCCCAUGGAUACUCCUUUCGAACAGGCUCCGGCCUUACCCCCCGGUCCCUCUCUCCUCGACGAUCACGAAUCCAACAUGCUGGACAACUUCUUUACCACGAUGAAUGCCAAUAACUUUACGAAUGACUUCUGGCUUCGAGGCCCGACAAAUAAAUCUUCCGGGCUCAAUUUCGAUUGGACCGAUGAACUCCCGCCCACAUUCGAGGGCUCAACGACUUCGCUGUCGCAACCAUCCUUCCAACCACAAAACCUCAAAACGAAUUUCAUGGCUGGCAGCGCUGCUGGCCCUGACAUCUAUGCGGCAGCCUCGAUGCUCUAUCAGGGUGGUUUGAAUGGAACGGAUCUCGGUUCCGCUGUGGCCCAGCAGCCGUUCGUGGGCCAGCCUCUCAAUACGAACGGCUUCCAUGGUGGGCGUGACUCGCAGCACAUGGCUCCUGCACAGGCAUCCAGUUCGUCGCCAUCGAGAACGCGGAUUCCUACCGGAUUCCAUACUUCGGAGAUGCUUUUUGAUGUGCGCGAUCCCAUCACGGAAGACCAACACCCCUCUCGCAAACUACGCGGUCUUCACUGGGGCUCCGACAACGGCUUCAUGGAUCAGGGCUAUGUGGCACCGCUUGAUCAACCUGACAUGGAGACCCGGACAAGAGAAUUGCUCGGUCAUCUUGACUGUUUCGAGCCGCAGAGCAGUGCAGGCAACACCCGGGCUCCCAGCCCUGAACGCAUGGCUGGUACUCAUGGUCCACACACCCCCUUCCGCCAGGCCGACGAAGAUGAUAGCGGCCAGCCUCGUAAACGACAACGUACCAUCAAGGAUGGUGACACGCUAUCGGACGAUGAUGAUUCGAGACCACUAUCCAGAAAAUCCCGAACCCCCAGCGUCGUCAAGGUCCGACGUUCAUCGACGGACACAUCUCGAAAGGGGUCAAGAGGCACGCCGACAAGCAAGGCACCCCGGGAGAAUCUCUCAGAAGAACAAAAGAGGACCAACCACAUCCUUUCGGAACAAAAGCGGCGCAAUCUCAUCCGUCAAGGCUUUGACGACCUAUGCUCCCUGGUCCCCGGCCUCCGAGGUGGUGGCUUCAGUAAGAGUGCCAUGCUCACCCAAGCCGCUGACUGGCUGGAGGAUCUCCUUCGCGGUAAUGAAAUCCUGCAAAGCCAGUUGACCGACAGGAAAGGAAUUAAUGGCCUGGUAAUGCCUCGAUGA